AUGCAGCCCCUCUACAGUAGCAACCCGGACACCCCGCGCUCUAAAAUGCCUUACACGCCAAACUCUGCGCAUAAUCUGCCCAGCUACCCUCAAAGCACCCAGACUAGCGCUCGAAACGACAUGCACUCAAUUGCUCAAGACCUCCUCUCGCCGCACACUGGCUAUGGAACUUCCCAGCCCAUGAUGAACGGUGCUGCCAGGGCUGCCUGUCGACCGCAGCUCAUUGCCCCCGCGUCUACUGGUGACCGCGGUGAUCCUGCCCAGCAUUCCACGCCGCUCACCCCCGUUGUUGGCUGCCAGGGCCGCAGAGGCAUCCUCCCCAGCACGCCUGGGCGGCCUGUCGCUCCCGUCGCCGGUACCUUGGCCGCCAUGAACAUGCUCAUUCCGCCCAAGGACGCCGAUGGCAAGUUCCCGUGCCCUCACUGCACAAAGAGUUAUUUCCGCGCCAAGGACUUAAAGCGCCAUUACCUGCGCCACACUGGCGACCGUCCGUACACGUGUGUUCUCUGCUGCGACACUUUUUCUCGCAGUGACAUUCUCAAGCGGCAUUACCAAAAAUGCGCCAUCCGACGUAGUAAUCCCACCAGAGUUUCGCACCUGUCCAGCGACCAGCCCCAGCUCUCUUGCUCCUCUAGCAUGGGAUGCCUAGACAGUCCCGCUGACGGCGAUCGGCGUGGCUCUCAGUCUAAUAGCGGCGUCGUCAAUUCUACGAACGUGCAGAACAUGCACGGCUAUGAUGUCCCUCCCGGCCAGCGUGGUAUGCCCAACUAUUGCGCCGAAAAUAACGCUCCUCAGUCCAGCCUUGACUGGGCGAAGAUGUUCCCUCCCGCUGGCCCUUAA